CAGUACGAAAGCCACACCGACGAAGAACGAACUUGAAGCCAUUCAAAGCUACGAAGCACAGAAGCCAGACUACGACGCCCUCUUGCGAGAAAGUAAGCGCCAGCCGCGCCAGCCGCCAGAAAUCGAGCAAGACGAGUUUGGCCGAGCCGCCGCAAAAGCCAUCCAAGAGAGUCGAGCUGAGUUCGAUCAGCGAGCUAAAGCAUCAAAAAAAUCCUGAGCAAGAGCAAGUCAGUAGUCAUGCCGGUGAUCCCAGGAGACAACGAUAAAGAGAUCAAGGAGAAGCUGGCUCAAGGCAAAAAUGAGGCGGAUGCGAAGAAGAGCGGCCUCGCUUCGCAAGAACACCAUCAAGCAAACCCCGGACCGGUGAUUGCCGAAAACUUGGGUGAACCAGCAUCCAAAGAGGAACUCAAGAAGCGUUCUGAGGAGCUGAACAAGAAGUAGUGAUGUAAUCGGUCAACAUUGAACCAACUUUGUAACUUAUAGCUUUACGGAGGCACCUCUUUGCCGGCCCAGUCCCAGC